CACAAAGGGACAGCGGGAGGCACAGUGACAGGUCCCAGCUGGAGCAGACCUGGGAGAAGCUCAAAGUUCCUGGAAGAACAGAGACAGAUUGACCGCCCUCCAUUGAUUGAGGGAAGACCUGUCAACAUUGCAAUGGAUGCUGGGAUGGGAUGGAGAGUGGGAGUGUUGCUCUGGGCUCUCCUGUUCCUGGGGGGUGUGGGGGCUAUCUGCCAGACGGGCAGUGCCAGCGAAUGCCACCGUGCGUCCCCGGUACCAGGGACCAGUCUGGCCGGGGAGGGUUUUGAUGUGGUGACGCUGGCCCCCAAGGGGGCGUACGUGGUGGACGUGGAGAGCUGGAGUCGUCCGGAUGGGGCCUGCAUCCUCUGCAGGAACUCACUGAUGAGGGGUAGACGGCAGCGCCUCCCCCUGGCCGUGAAGGAUUGGCGAGCCCAACGUAAAUGCCGCCGGGCCGUGUCCAGCCAGCUCUUCCACUCAGCCUCUCAGUUCAGCAAUUCGUUCAGCUCCAAGGUGGAUAAAAGCUGGAGGGUUGGUCUGCAUCUACCCAUCCAUUCCGCAGUGUCAGUAGGUUUCGGAUUGGCUGGCUCCAAGUCUGAGGCCACUUCCUUUGCCAGUAAGAAAGCCCGAUCAGCCCACUACAGCUUUUCCAGCCAGAAGUUCCAUUGCCGCCUUUACCGUUACCGUCUGAGGAACCCACCCCCUCUGGCAUCUGAGUUCUCCGAGCAGCUCAAGCAAAUCACCAGCAGCUCCUAUCAGGGAGCCAAGCCCCAGUAUCGCCAGCUAGUGGAGACUUUCGGGACGCAUUACAUCCGGUUAGUGGAGCUGGGUGGCUCCUAUGAGGACGUGACGGCCAUCCGCACCUGUAAGGCCUUUUCUCUGGGCUUCACUGCUAGAGAGGUGGGGAACUGCCUCGGUGUGGAGGCCAGUGUUGGGGUGAACAAAAGAGUCAGAGUCUCAGUCUCAGGCUCAUACAAUCAGUGUAAGAAGGAGGCCUCGGCCCGUAGCCGCGCCCAAAGCUUCCACCAGGCCUUCAGCGAGAGGCUGACAGAAGUCUCCGGAGGCCAUGCCACUGGGCACACAGACCUCCUCUUCUCCUCCGAUCCUCGUGCCUUCACCAGCUGGCUGAACAGUCUGACGGCCUCACCAGGCAUCAUACACUACCGGCUGGCCCCCCUCCAUCUCCUGCUGCCCAGAACCGACAUUCGCCGGGAACAUCUGAGGCGCUACCUCAGUGAGUACAUUAUGGCCAACGCCGUGAAGCGGGACUGCUCCAAAGCUCGUUGCCCUGCUGGCAAGCGCAAGAAUCGCUCUGACUCCUGCUCCUGCCUCUGUCAGGAGGACAACUGGGUCGACCGCGUCUGCUGCCCCGGGCAGGAGGGCAUGGGACCUCCAGCGGAAACUAUUGUGAGGGGCCGUGAGCUUCACUGGACCAAUCAGUCCUUCCCCUCGCACGGCACUGCCACCUCCUCUCCUUCGGGGAACACCCUCCUCAAAGUUAUUUACCCCUGAGCUUUGUCCUCUCACCAACCUCACUCCCAGGCCCAACUUGGCCUUUCUAUUCUCCCUGGUCCUGGUGCCAUAGUUUCCCUCUCCCUCUAAUCAUCAGUUCCAUUGUCCAAACAUUUGUAACCUCUUCCGCUUGACCAUGUGUCCUUUGUCCUCUGUCUCUCUGAGACAGUCAACUCACCACUUCCAUUGCCCUGACCUUUACCCUCUCACCCUCACUGACCCAGAGGACCUCUUUUCUAGGACUUCUCUAGGCCUGAAUUUUACCCUCUAUUACUCAGUUCAUUCUCCUGACCUUUGCACUAUAACCCUUGCUAGCCCAGGCCACCACAUCCCACACUCCCACCAGUCCGGCGCUUGACCUCUGAGAGAGAGAGAGAGAGACCCCACACAACCCUCAUAGAUUUCCCAAUUCCUCCAGUUCUCUGGGCACUAGGAAUUCCCAGUGGGAAUGGGAGUCCCGGCUUGCCUGACUGCACGAAGCUUUCAGUCACUGGUGUUUGGGGGCUGGGGAAGGGUACAGGGUGGGAAGGCCAUUGAGGAACCAACCACUCUGUAUUUGUCAUAUCGCUACUGUAUCACCCCAGUGGAAACCCCCCCUCGCCCGAACAAAGACCUGUGUUGGAGGGAAGGUGCCCCAACCAGCUUGCCAAACUGCAGGCAGCUUAACAGCUUGAGCGUAACGUCAUUUACAGAUCCACUUGGCCCGUGCGGGAGGUGACUCAUAGGCUCCAUUUCCCACAAUUCAGUUGCUGACAGGGACCAACUGGAGAGUCUCCGGCUGACCUGUGUCCCAGGACGGGUGGAUUGUGUCGGAGCACGAGCAUCAUCACAGGAACAUCGUACGCCUCCCUGUGCACGAGAAGCUUUGCAAAGAGCUGCUUUGGAGACAGAAGAGAUUGUUUGAUUGCCUCUUGCCUUCUUUGUACCACUUGUGUUUUUGCAAUAAACAUC